CAGAGCCCCAGCCCUGCGCCUGCAGCUCCAACAUGCGCUGCUCCGAUCUCCUCCUCCUCGUCCUCUGUGCCCUGCCAGGAAUCAGGAGGAGAAGUUGCUCCAGGACCUGAUGACCAACUACAAUCGCCACCUGCGCCCAGCGUUGCGUGGGGACCAGGUCAUUGACGUCACCCUCAAACUCACCCUCACCAACCUCAUCUCCCUGAAUGAGCGGGAGGAGACCCUCACCACCAAUGUCUGGAUCGAGAUGCAAUGGUCUGACUAUCGCCUGCGGUGGGACCCUGAUAAAUACGAUGACAUCCAGCAGCUGCGGGUGCCCUCCACCAUGGUUUGGCUGCCCGACAUUGUCUUGGAGAACAACAUCGAUGGGACAUUCGAGAUCACACUCUACACCAACGUGCUGGUGUACCCUGAUGGCAGCAUCUACUGGCUGCCCCCCGCCAUCUACCGCAGCUCCUGCUCCAUCCACGUCACUUACUUCCCCUUUGACUGGCAGAACUGCACCAUGGUCUUCCAGUCCCAGACCUACAGCGCGAACGAAAUCAACCUGCUGCUGACAGUGGAGGAAGGCCAGACUAUAGAGUGGAUCUUCAUUGACCCUGAAGCCUUCACAGAGAAUGGAGAAUGGGCCAUCAAGCACCGCCCUGCACGGAAGAUCAUCAACUCGGGGCGCUUCACCCCAGAUGACAUCCAGUACCAGCAGGUGAUCUUUUACCUCAUCAUCCAACGCAAGCCACUCUUCUACAUCAUCAACAUCAUCGUGCCCUGCGUCCUCAUUUCUUCCAUGGCUGUGCUGGUCUACUUUCUGCCUGCCAAAGCGGGGGGGCAGAAGUGCACCGUGUCCAUCAAUGUCCUUCUGGCCCAGACUGUCUUUCUCUUCCUCAUUGCCCAGAAGGUGCCCGAGACCUCCCAGGCAGUGCCACUCAUCGGGAAGUACCUGACCUUCCUCAUGGUAGUGACAGUGGUGAUUGUGGUGAAUGCUGUCAUCGUCCUCAACGUCUCACUGAGAACACCCAACACUCACACCAUGUCGCAGAGGGUGCGCCAGGUGUGGCUGCACCUCCUGCCCCGCUACCUGGGCAUGCACAUGCCAGAGGAGGCCCCAGGGCCGCCGCCAGCCACCCGGCGACGCAGUUCCCUGGGGCUGAUGGUGAAAGCCGACGAGUACAUGCUAUGGAAAGCCCGGACUGAGCUUCUCUUUGAGAAGCAGAAGGAGAGAGAUGGACUGAUGAAAACCGUGCUGGAGAAGAUUGGACGUGGCCUGGAGAACAACUGUGCGCAGGACUUCUGCCAGAGCCUGGAGGAGGCGAGCCCUGAGAUCCGGGCGUGCGUUGAGGCCUGCAACCACAUUGCCAAUGCCACGCGAGAGCAGAAUGACUUCAGCAGCGAGAACGAGGAAUGGAUCCUGGUGGGGAGAGUGAUCGACCGCGUCUGCUUCCUCAUCAUGGCUUCGCUCUUUGUGUGCGGCACCAUUGGCAUUUUCCUCAUGGCUCACUUCAACAAGGCGCCUGCCCUGCCCUUCCCUGGGGACCCCAAGACGUACCUGCCCCCGUGACAGGUCCAAAUGGCAGGAUCCGGGGGUCCCCAGACCUAUCUCCCAAUGCCAAGAGUGGUGACUG